CGCAGCAUAAAAAGAAAGGCUGUGAAGUUGCUUCCGCAUAUAGGAAAAAGUUUUGCCGUGUUGUGGUUUGUGUUUGCAGUUCAAGAUCAAGUUCUACGAGUCAGCUUUGCUUUGGUUUUCUGUGCUAAACGAGUCCAGCUUCUGCUGCACCUAUCUAGUGGACCUAUAGUGAAAUGUGUUCCACGACAACACCUACGAUUUGCAAGGAUCUAGACGGUGACGACCGGUGGCUAAGCAUACACAAACGCUUCGUGCAGGAAUGCAAGGAGAAAGACCCCGAUGUAAUGUUUAUUGGUGAUUGCGUACUGGAGUCGCUUCAAUUUACCGAGUACUGGAAUAGCUAUUUUGUGCCGAUGCACUGUUUAAAUUUUAGCAUACGGAACGAUUGUACGCAGAAUGUGCUCUGGCGGUUGCAGAACGGGGAGCUGGAAAGUGUACGGCCAAAGGCGAUUGUGCUACAGGUUGGAACUAAUAAUAUCGGCGACAGCCCGGAGGAGGUAGCCGAGGGGGUGCUGCAGAUAGUGGCAACUAUUCGCGCGAAGCUGCCGGAGGUUUACGUUGUUAUUCCGACAUUGCUUCCACGUGGACAUCAACCGAAUCCGUUGCGUGAGAAGAACGCUUCCGUUAAUAGGAUUCUCAAGGAGCGAUGUGUUGGAAUGAAUAAGGUUCAGACGGUGUCCGUUGAUGGUGGACUGAUACAGAGUGAUGGAACCAUUAGCCAUCAUGAUAUGUUCGACUAUCUGAAUCUGACUAAUAUGGGUUGUAAAAAGGUUUUUGAACCGGUGUGGGACUUGCUGCAUCAAAUACUCACGGAAAACGAAAAAGAGCGUGAUUUGACUCCGUCGGAGUAAAUUUUACUACGUUCAGAGUUUGCUGGGUAUUCGUAUUCACGUACACGUAUCUUAUACACAUUCGUAAUUUUAUAGGUUUGAUAUUAAUUCGUUGGGGUCACUUAUUCGCGGCUCAAGUAGUAAACACAGCAUUCCAUUUCAUGUAGUAUUCGUUUGUUGAUUAGGAUAUGGUUUAAUCGAUUAUUUAAGUGUAAGUGUAAUGGCGCUAAUUGAUAUUAUUUAUUUUGCAAAGUAUUUACUCAAUAAUUUACAUUGUAAACGGUUCAAUAUUCAAUUUUGAGUUAAUCAAAAACUUUUACCAGGCUGAAAAUGAUAUUAACUUCUUUGCUGUUUGUUUCUAUUUCAAAAUAGUUCAACAUACAAAAAGUAUCGAAAUAACUACUGUUCCGUAGGAUGUCUUGUGUAGUAGCAGUUUCUAAAACCGUUCCACCUUUACCUCACAAUUUUAUAACAUACCAAAUUAGACUAUGAUCUCAUACUAAAUGAUUCACACGAAUUAGGAAUCUACAUUGUCAGUGACAAAUAACCUUUUCGAAGAUAUUACUAACAGAAAAUUGAAUCAGGGUUUGAUUUUUACUAUUAAAAAGAAUGAAAAGAUUUCAAUUUGAUCUGUGAAGCGUUUUUAGAAAGUACCAGCUCGAUUCCUUGUUUUUCUUUUUAUUUUUUUCACCAUAAAGAAAACCACAAACGCAUGCCUCCCAAAGAAGAAAAAAGCUCGAUUUUGUAUCGUGGCUAAGGCGCUAGGGUAAUAUUAAGUAAACAAGAAUAUGAUAUUAUAUGAUGUAUGGAUGACGAGGAAUAAUAAUCUGUGCAGUUCAUUUGCUA